AUGCUUCUCAACGGCCGACGAAGGCAUGCCCAGCUCUCCCAUGAGAGAAGAGGCGCCACCCUCAUCCUUGCCAGCAGAGCAGGAGCAGGAUAUCUCAUCAUCAAAUACAAUAUCUUCAUCUCAUGCGCAGUCACCUCUUCCAUUACUCAGUCCGUCUUUCAGGCCAAUAAUAACCCUCAAGACGCCCCAACACCCCUGGGCCACGGUUCGCCACUCCUAUUCGACACUACAACUAUCUCAGUUGUGGAUAUGCCACUCUUCAUCCGCCAACUUCGCCUAGCUUGCUGCUACCAUGCGUACUUUUCUUUGCGAAGUCCAUCAGUCAGAUUGGACGAUCUCCGGCGGAAAUUCCGAUUCCUUCUCAGCGUGUUGAGUCGCGAGGAUCUCACCUCCUACUUCGAGUCCGCAAUACAAGCUCGUAUCCAUCCCGAGAAUAUGGUUGAGUGGCAAGAGAUUCCGUUCUUUAGCGUGGGCGGUGCGGGGACACAUUAUCCCCGGGGUUCAUCAUCGGGCCUCAGCCAGAACCAAGUCCCAAUUCAGGAGGAUCCCCUGUCCAUAUUAUCCUCGGAGGCUCAAGUGGGCAUGUAUGGGAGUUGGUUUGAUAUUCGAGAUCUUGAAGGAUUUCUCCAAGAGAAAGGGGCUCGUUUCCUAACGGGCCCACCUAUGGAGCCCCGACGGGGCAUAUCAAACCAGGCCGCAGUAAACGUCUCGAGCCUGAUCAAAAGUGAGGAUUUUCGCCCCUGUUUUGGUUUCUGA